AUGAGGACUACCAUGUCAAUCUCACUCAGGCUCCUGGCGAUCGCAUGUCUCAUCACAUUGGGAUCUUGUGAUUCGUUAUUGUCACGAAUUAAACGUCAACAAGCGUCAACGAGUGAACCGAAAAAAGAGGAAAGUUUUGAGAUCGAAAUAUGUAAAGACAAAGACGCCGGAGAAUGGUUUCGGUUAACUGCACAAGACGGUGACAGUUGCCGUGAUGUCAUCCAGUGCACAUCAUCGGGAUUGCAAGCCAUUCGUUGUCCUGCCGGAUUGUAUUUCGAUAUCGAAAAACAAACAUGUGACUGGAAGGCCGCAGUGAAGAAUUGCAAGUUGAAGAAUAAAGAACGCAAAGUCAAACCUUUAUUGUUCACAGACGAACCAUUGUGUCAGGACGGAGAAUUGUCUUGUGGUGAUAAGUCUUGUAUUGAACGAGGACUAUUUUGUAAUGGUGAAAAGAAUUGCCCCGAUGGUUCAGAUGAAAAUUCUUGUGAUAACGAUAAUGAUCCUAAUCGCGCGCCGCCUUGCGAUCCAGCCGUGUGCGUUUUACCCGACUGCUUCUGCUCCGAAGACGGCACCGGAAUACCAAACGACUUGCCGGCCAAGGAAGUCCCUCAGAUGAUUACCAUCACCUUUGACGAUGCCAUCAACAACAACAACAUCGAACUGUACAAGGAAAUAUUCAAUGGCAAACGCAGAAACCCCAACGGGUGUGACAUCAAAGCCACUUUCUUCGUGUCGCACAAGUACACCAACUACUCGGCGGUGCAGGAAACCCACAGGAAAGGACACGAAAUCGCAGUGCACUCUAUAACGCACAACGACGACGAACAGUUCUGGAGCAACGCCACCGUCGAGGACUGGGCCAAGGAAAUGGCUGGUAUGCGCAUAAUCACCGAAAAGUACGCUAAUCUGACAGACAACAGCGUUGUCGGUUUGAGAUCUCCUUAUCUGCGAGUGGGUGGCAACAACCAAUUCACCAUGAUGGAGGAACAAGCUUUCUUGUACGAUUCAUCCAUCACUGCACCCCUGUCCAACCCACCCCUCUGGCCGUACACCAUGUACUUCCGCAUGCCCCACAGAUGUCACGGAAACUUGCAACACUGUCCGACUCGUAGCCACGCCGUAUGGGAAAUGGUGAUGAACGAACUGGACAGGAGAGAGGACCCUAGCUUCGACGAAUACUUGCCCGGUUGUGCCAUGGUAGACUCGUGCUCCAACAUCCUGUCCGGCGACCAGUUCUACAACUUUUUGAACCACAACUUCGACCGGCAUUACGAUCAAAAUCGCGCUCCCAUGGGCCUGUACUUCCACGCCGCCUGGCUGAAGAACAACCCAGAGUACUUGGACGCGUUCCUGUUCUGGAUCGAUGAAGUGCUGGCCAACCACAACGACGUAUACUUCGUCACCAUGACGCAGGUAAUCCAAUGGAUCCAAAAACCGAGGAUCAUCAACGAGGUGAAGAACUUCGAACCAUGGAGGGAAAAGUGUGUGGUCGAAGGACCACAGGCCUGUUUGGUACCGCACUCGUGCAAGCUGACCAGUAAAGAGGUUCCCGGGGAGACCAUCAACUUGCAAACGUGCGUCAGGUGCCCCAACAACUAUCCGUGGCUCAACGACCCCACCGGAGACGGUUUCUUCUAA